UGAACCUAAAACCCGAGUACUAAUAAACCCACCGCCUCCACACCAGCCCCUCAGCCCUCUACAGGUUCCCCGCCACCGCGGCUUCGAUCACUCUCUCUCAAUCUGCCGCUGUUUACCUUGAAGAAUAAAAUCAGAAAAUAAUGCAGAAAAUAAAGCUAGAUAAUAAUGAUAGCAGCUAUUUCCUGGGUUCCUAAGGGGGUUGCUAAGUCAGUCCCCGCUGCAGCUGAGCCUCCUUCGAAAGAAGAAAUUGAAGAGAUUUUGAAGAGUGGCAUUCUUACAAAAAGUGAUGAAGCUGAUGAAGAAACUGAUCCAGAAAUGGAUGUUGAUACAUCUAGAAAUGACAACAAUGAUGAAGUUGACCAUGAAUCAGCUGCAGCGGAUGCACAUAAUGAGGAUUCUAAGGACACCACAGUUGAUCUAACUGAUGCUUUGAGGGAAUUGGACAUGGACAAUUAUGAUGAUGAGGAAGAUGGCAUCGAGCUCUUUGGUCCGGGACUUAAGGACUUGUAUUAUGCAAGUAAUGACAUGGAUCCGUAUCUUAAAGAUAAGGAUGACAAUGACUCUGAAGAGGAAGAGGACACAGCUAUAAAACCUGAUGAUGCUGUUAUAGUUUGUGCACGUAAUGAAGAUGAUGUCAGUCACCUCGAGGUUUGGAUAUUGGAGGAUUCAACAGAUACUGAAUUGAACAUGUAUGUUCACCAUGAUAUCAUAAUUCCGGCAUUUCCUCUUUGUACAGCAUGGCUUGAUUGCCCUCUUAAAGGGGGGGAGAAAGGGAACUUUAUUGCUGUGGGCUCCAUGGAACCAGCCAUUGAGAUUUGGGACCUUGACAUUAUGGAUGAAGUCCAACCAUCAGUUAUCCUGGGUGGCAUUGCUGAAAAAAAGAAGGGGAAGAAAGGGAAGAAGAAAUCAAUCAAAUACAAAAAGGACAGCCACACCGAUUCCGUACUUGGCCUUGCUUGGAACAAGGAGUAUAGGAAUGUUCUAGCCAGUGGUAGUGCUGACAAAUCAGUCAAGAUUUGGGAUGUGUCAACUGGAACGUGUAAUCUCACCAUGAAUGACCAUGUUGACAAGGUGCAAGCAGUUGCAUGGAAUCCAUUUAAGCCACAAAUUCUUCUUUCUGGAUCAUUUGAUCGUUCUGUUUUGUUGAAAGAUGUAAGGCAACCGUCCCACGAAGGAUUUAAAUUUUCAGUGGCUGACCAAGUUGAAAGCUUGAAAUGGGAUCCAAAUGCUGAGCAUUCAUUUCUGGUCAGCUUGGAGAAUGGAAUGAUUACUAGUUUUGAUAUCCGGGCUGCUAAUCCUAGUUCUACUUCUGAGAUGAAGCCAAAUUUCACUCUCCAUGCUCAUGAUAAAGCAGUUUGCUCAAUUUCCUUUAAUCCAUUGGUCCCAAAUCUUCUUGCAACAGGAUCCCUAGAUAAAACGGUAAAAUUAUGGGAUUUGUCCAACAAUCAACCUUCAUGUAUUGCCACAAGGAACCACAAAGCUGGGGCUGUGUUUUCGGUUUCCUUCUCAGACGACUGUCCUUUUUUGCUGGCGAUAGGUGGCUCGAAAGGAAAGCUUCAAAUGUGGGAUAUUUUGUCCGAGGAUGCGAUCGCCAAGAAAUAUGAACAAUACGCCCAGAAGACAAGGUCUAAAUCUUAGUAGUAAUUUUAUUGCAGUUUUGGAAUUAUUUCUGGUUCUCCUUUACUUGAACUUCUACCAAAUUUAUUAGGUAUACAAUUUUGUAGGUGUGUAUGACUCUCGUGUAGCUGAUUUAUUUAUAUAUAUAAACACAUGUUUUCAGGCGUGUUGUAUUUAAACCCAUUUGAGUUCACAAAAUUUUGGACAGACUACAGUUCAGUCAA